GUAUUGAGUUAAGAGGGUCUUGGUGUGAAGUCUCAAAGUUCGGUAUCUGAAAAUGAGCAAAUCUUCCGGACCCGUUGCUGCGGUAGCACCCACAAGCGAAAUCGAUAUCGUUCUCGCGACCAACGGAGAGAGUGGCGAUUUUUUCCAGUCGUGGUACGAGGUCUUGAGGCCCUACCACAUCAUCGUGGUUCAGACAGGCCCAGAGGCAUCUGCAAAGCUGAGAGCACCACCUGGACUUGACGUCGAAUUGUUUACAAGGAGCGAUGUCAAGCGAAUGCUUGGGAACCGAGCUGCCUGCAUUUCGUCAAAAGAUAGUGCAUGCCGCUGCUUUGGAUGGCUUGUCUCGAAAAAAAGAUUUAUUUACACGCUGGCGGACGACUGCUACCGCGUGAAAGGCUUUCCAGCUCCAGGGUUGGAGCUUGAUCCCGUGCUGAAGCACCUUCAGAACUUGCAAAGGCCAGCAACACCACUUCACUUUAACACCCUCUAUGACCCGUUCGAGGACUCCACGGAUUUUGUUCGUGGAUAUCCUUUCAGCCUGAGGGAGGGCGUCAGAACUGUGAUAUCUCAUGGCCUCUGGCUCAAUAACCCUGACUACGACGCGCCAACUCAGCUUGUCAAGCCUAACGAGCGUAAUAUUCGUUAUGUAGAUUGUGUUCAAACGAUUCCCAAGGGUGCUCUGUUUCCAAUGUCAGGAUUUAACAUUGCAUUCGACCGGGAACUGAUUGGGCCUGCAAUGUACUUUCCUCCAAUUGGUGAAGGACAACCAUUUGGCUUUCAUGAUGAUAUGUGGGCUGGAUGGUGCUCCAAGGUCAUAUGUGACCAUUUACGAUACGGUGUGAAGUCCGGGCUUCCCUAUGUUUGGAGGCAGAAAUCUGCAAAUGCCUUUGCCAGCUUAAGGAAGGAAUACAAGGGUAUUUUUUGGCAAGAGGAGAUUGUACCAUUCUUCCAGUCCAUGCAGUUACCUGCUGAAGCUGUAACGGUAGAGGCAUGCUACUUGGAUAUCGCCAAGCAAGUCAAAGAAAAGCUGGGCAAAGCUGAUUCAUCCCUGAAUAAGCUGGCAGAGGCCAUGGCGACUUGGAUAGAUGCAUGGAAGACCAUAAAUUCAUGCUCGACGCCCCCUCCUGAAAUUGACCACUGAAGGCUUGCUGGAGUUAGUGGAGCCACUCGUGAUUAUGUGCACCAUCUCUGUUCAUGGUGUAUCGUUGGUGUAGUCCUUUUCUUGCCUAAAACAUGACUGGUGGGACAUGACCUGAAGAUACGCUGUCUCGUGGUAGACUACUGGUGACAUUGGGAUCAGAAUGCCAAUUUUUUUGCAAGUGGUGGGAACGGGAUCUUGACAAAAGAG